UUUUGGAAUCAAACACUAAAUUAACGUUAGCUGCACACAAAAGAAACAGGCCAACAAACAACACAGACGGUGGAUUGGUUUCUUGAUGCUGCUCCUCUCAUGUGGAGGAAUUGGUUUCCAUAUCAGAUGCUAUCUCCAGUUACGUCUCCGGAGACUCAUCACCCACCUACCAGUGACACAUUUACUUUUGACACCAAGCGCUAUUAUUGUUUGUUGGUUUAAACUGCUACUGUUUGCUAGCUUAAAGAUGCCGGGCACAGCAGGGACAAGUGAUUUGCCACCAACAAAAACAAUAACUGUUUACAGGAACGGAGACGCUUUCUAUCCCGGAAGGAAAAUAGUUGUGAAUCCGCGGCAGGUGUCAACCUUAGACAGUUUUUUGACCACUUUGACCAGGGCCGUUGAGGCUCCGUUUGGCGCCGUGAGGAGGCUGCAUACUCCCGUACAAGGCCACAAAGUUCAGCAUUUGGACGACUUGAAGCACGGGAGUGUGUACGUUGCAGCCGGAAAUGAACAGUUCAAAAAACUGGACUAUUGUGAAAUAACAACCAAGAGGCCCCAGAAGAAGAAAAAUCACCAGAUCCAACCUGUUGUUCACAGCAGAAUAGUAGUUUCUGCUCGCUGGAGUAGAACUACUGAUGAGUCUUGCACAAUAAAUGUCUUUACCAACGGAGAUGUUUUAGUGCCUCCAGCUCGAAUACGGAUUCCAAAGUACACGCUCAGAAGUUGGGAAAAUGUUUUAGCCUUGGUGACAGAGAAAGUGCAUCUUCGAACUGGUGCUGUGUACAGGCUUUGCACAUUAGAUGGACAUCCUAUCUGCGGUUCCACUGAACUGGAGAACAACCAGCACUACGUUGCAGUUGGGGCAGAAAAGUUUAAAGCUUUGCCAUAUGACCAGUGCGUCCCUGGGGUUUUAAUCAGGGAAAACAAUGUAGUCGAAGGCCAACACAUCCUGCCUCCUAUUAGGAAGACAAGACAUGCAAAGGAUGUGUUUGCUCACACAGGCUUUGGAGAGGACCUUGAGCACACAGCCAGGGGCCAGAUGAAGAAACACACAGCCAAGCCAGAGAGAACCAAACAACAGAGGCAGGUGUCCAGAAACCCAGUUCUGCUCUUGACAGGGGAGGGCAGCGUGUUCAAUGCACAAAACAAAAGAAGUGAGAUGGCAGGAGCAGCGGAGGUGCAGGAGGACCGCCAGCUGAAGGUGGACCUGCCAAUUGAUCAGGUUGAGGCCAAGAUAGUUGAAGAGGAGUAUGAAGAUGGGAGUUCUGCGAGGCCCUGCAAGGCCUUCCUCCAUGAUUCAGACAGCUUGUAUCUGCAGAGGUCUAUGUCUCCAGGUUCCAGGAAGGAUGAGGCUAAAGAGAGGGAGGUGGCUUCCAGGCUCAGCAGAAUACGGUCACGCAUGUCCCGGUUUUUCAAGGAUUAGGGCCUGUCUGAGAUGGGAAGCUGGCUCCAGGCCCCCCAAUAAGCUGCAGGCCAGGGGCCACUCCUGAGAGGGAGCGAGAUGGAUGGAGAGGGAAGGAGCUUGCUAUGGAUAUGUGUGCCAAGGCUCCCCUCCUCCCUCCCGGGUGCUCAGAAACGACGUGGAUGAGGUCGAGGACAUGAGGAGCCCACCGGAGAGAGAACAGAUGUCACAUGCCUCUUGCACCACGCUCAGGGAUGUGUGUGUGUGCGCGUAUGUGUGUUCCGUGCUGUGACAGGUAGCGUGUCGUGGUUGAAAGGUAAGGCCGGGGCCCUACUCCCAGAAGGAAAUAGAAUGAGAUGGGGGCCAAUAAGGGGGGGGGAGGGGCACUGGGAUAAAAAGAAAUGUAUGAAAAUAGGUCCAGGAUGUAGACACCGUUGUUGUCUGGUGUUCAGUGUGAACUUUACAAAAAGCUGUCAGUCGAAAAUGGGACUGUAAAAUGUCAUGCUGUGUAUGGGAUGUUUUCAAACCGAGCUUGGGAAAAAAAAAAAC